AAGACAUGGCAUCAUAACUCAGACGGAGGAGGGGACGCGCAAUGGGCAAGAAAAAGAAGCCACGGAGGGGGCGUGAAUCAAGCUCCAGCCAUGAGAGCACAGGUGACGAGAUGUCUGCAGAGGAGGCAACCACACCUCCAAGAAGAUCUUUGCAUGGCCGUUCUACAACUGAAGCCAAACGAAAUACAAGGAACAAAUUAGAGGCUGAGGUGAUCAUCCGGAUGCUGGAACAGAUCAAGGAAGACACAAGUGAAAUGCAUAAACGGUCAAACAAGCUUAUUAUGAAACAACUGAACAAGCUUACUGAAAGUCACGAUGAACUACGCAAACAACUGGAGCUGCAUAUCAAUGGCUCAAGUGGUGAUGAUUCUUCGAUCUGCUCCCAGGUCCGAAAUAAAUCAAGUGCAGCAGCUACCAAAAUACCGACUAGAAUUCACAUGUGAGGUGAAUGACGAAAUUGAAAAGGGGAAAGUCAUAGAGACAAAAAAUCAAGAGAAAACGAUAAGUGUAGUUCUGUAUGAUGAUCAUAAUGAGAUUGUAGCAAAUGGACCGUAUGCUUCUGCAAAAGUUAUGUUGGUUGUCAUUAACGGAGAGUUCAAUAAACAUGGUAAUCAAUACAACUGGUCGAGAAAGGACUUCGAGAGAAACAUAAAGAGACCAAAAGAAGGAAAUUUAUCAAUGGGAGAUGAGCAUCAGUCAGAAGUAGAAUCGAUAGUGAGUAAUUGCAUCUUUAAACUCGAUGGUGGGGUCAAAAGUCACAGUGAUGCUACAAUUUUGUAUAACUCGUGUAAUAAGAAGGUCAGGCUUGGGGCGAUGGUAUUGUCGCCGACAGAAGAACGAGUUCUUGAAGGAUUAUCGAAUCUCUUCUUUGUUCGGGGCCAUGAUAGGCCAGGGAGACAGAGAUCCAAUCCACGUGCGGCAACGUUACAGCUCACGGAAAACACUGUUACAGACGCAAUUACACAGGCUUCGAUACCACGGCAUCAUGUUCUUCCCCCGGUACUCCAAGCUACAUACACCCCACCAGCUGGUAUAUAGAGCUCUUUUAUUCAUCGCUGACCAUAUUGAUACUGCAUCCAUUCCAAAACUUAGGUU